UGCGCGGUCAGGCCUAGGACUCAGUCGGGGAGGCGCUAUGGAGGGACACGGAGGUCGGGUAGCCGCUCUCCGCCUGGAAGUCCUGCUGGGCCACCUCUCCCCCUCCCGGGCUGCGGGAGCCACCCUCGCACCAUCUCCUACUUCAGCCCAACUUGCUACGGAGAAAUACCCAAUACAGUUUCGUUACACAUUGGAUAAUAACCUCCUUAGCACUGAACAAAGACACUUCUAUGAGGAGAAUGGCUAUCUAGUCAUCAGAAAUCUGGUUUCCAGUGAGGAUAUUGAAUGUUUCAGAAAUGAGUUCAUGAAGAUCUGCAGAAAUGAGGUGAAAGUGCCUGGACUGGUGAUCAUGAGAGAUAUUGCAAUUGCCAAGUCAGAGUUCAUUGCAGAUCAAAAAGCAAUUACAAAAAUACAAGACUUUAUAGGUGACGAAGAACUCUUCAGAUAUUGUACUUUGCCUCAGAUACUGAAAUAUGUUGAAUGCAUGGUUGGACCAAACAUCAUGGCUAUGCACACCAUGCUCAUAAAUAAACCUCCAGAUCCUGGAAAGAAGAGUUCUCGCCAUCCACUCCACCAGGAUUUGCAUUAUUUCCCAUUCCGGCCUGCAGAUCGCAUUGUUUGUGCCUGGACUGCAAUGGAAAGGAUUGAUCGCAGAAAUGGAUGCCUCGUAGUAUUGCCAGGAACACAUAAGGGGCCUCUGAAGCAACAUGAUUAUCCUGAGUGGGAGGGUGGUGUAAACAAAAUGUACCAUGGAAUCCGUGACUUUGAUAAAAGCACCCCAAGAGUUCACCUGGUUAUGGAGAAAGGAGACACUGUGUUUUUCCACCCCUUACUGAUCCAUGGCUCUGGGAUGAACAGGACUGAAGGCUUCCGAAAGGCAAUCUCAUGUCAUUAUGCAAGUUCUGACUGCCACUACAUUGAUGUGAAAGGUACUUCUCAGGAGCACUUUGAGGAAGAAAUUCAAGAGAUUGCAAGAAAAAAGUAUGGCAUAGACUCACAUGUCAACCUGAAGGAUGCUUGGAUGCUUCGAAGUCGCCUUGCUAAAGGAAAGAGAAUAAAUCUUUGAAAUCUGAUUCGGAUGCCAAGGCUGGCGUGUCAGAAGGUGGAUUCCUAAACUGCCCAAGAGAUAACACGAUUCAUUUUUUACUGAUGUAUUUUCCCAACUAUUUUGCGGCUUAUCGCGAAUAUUUGUAAAGCAUAUAUUUUUUUGAAAAUUAAUAUAUUUUUGAAAUUUCAAAAAUGUCGAGUUGGAAGUCAGCUCCAUUAAAUGGUGGCUGCUUCUUUCUGACGAAGCCUUAACAAGAUACAUAACGUAACAGUAUUUGAUUGUAAAAGGUGAAAAUAAGGGAAUUUUAAAAUUAUUUUUCUAAUUUGAAAAA